AUCUAGCUGCACCGCUGAACGUUCUCUGUUGGUUGUGUGUUAAAUUCUAUAAAUAGAUAUCAUAUAAUUAUGUAUUUCUAGAAUUUACAGUUUUUUAAUAAGAGCCCAAAUAAAGGAGAUUAUUGCAUAUAACAUUUACAGGUAGAUCAUGGGAGUCCACGGACUGUGGAAGUUACUGGAGAGUUCAGGAAGACCAAUCAACCCGGAGAGUCUGGAGGGAAAGAUCCUGGCUGUUGACAUCAGUAUCUGGCUGAACCAGGCUGUGAAGGGCGUGCGAGCUCGAGAUGGGAGCAGUGUUCAGAACGCUCACCUCCUCACUCUGUUCCACCGGGUCUGCAAGCUGCUCUACUUCCGCGUCCGGCCCGUGUUUGUGUUCGACGGGGACGCUCCCCUGCUCAAGAGGCAGACUCUGGCUGUGAGGCGACAGAGGAGGGAGGAGCUGACCAGAGAGUCUAAACAGACCAACGAGAAACUCCUCAAGACGUUCCUCAAACGCAGAGCCAUUCAGGCUGUUCUAGGAGAACAAAGUGAAGAGCCAGUCCUGAGUCUGUCAAAUGUGAGGAAAGAUGAGGAGGACAUCUACAUUCUGCCCGCUCUACCAGUUGUGGAUAAGGAGAACAGCUCUGGAGAAGAAGAAGAAGAAGCAGCAGAAGAUGAAGAGAGAUCUGGAGAUCAUAAAACGGACAGCCAUCACAUGUAUCAGGGAGAGAUGCACGGUGAUCCUAACUCAGUCGAUAUAAACGGUGAAGAGUUCAGCGAUCUUCCUCUGGAGGUCAGACACCAGAUCCUCAAAGACAUGAAGGAGUUUAGCAAGAGGCGCAGAACCAUGUACCAGCCCCCCCCUGAGUGUUCUAGAGACUUCUCUCAGUACCAGCUGGAAGGUCUCCUGCAGAGGAAGCAUCUGAACCACCGUCUGGUGGAGGUGGAGCGAGAGAUGAACCAUAACAGCGCAGGGGCGGGGCCACAGCUCUACAGAGACCAGGACCCUUCCAACCAGAACCAAACCAUAGAGACACGCAGACUGCUCUCUGAGGACUCCACCCACUACAUCCUCAUUAAAGGCGGCCAGAAGAAGAAGGCGAAGGUCCCUGAUAACCAGCCGGCAGCCCUCCCCUGGUCGGGGGGCCCGCUGUCAGGGGCCCGGAGACCCCGGGCGGGCAGACCCCAGCCGCUGUGGAGCACCGUCUGCGAGGAGGAGGAGGAGGAAGAGGAGGGGGAGGAAGAGGAGGAGGAGGAGGAAGAGAAGCAAGCCUCAUCUUCCUCUUCGGCCCCCACACCCAACCACCUCCCCCCCUCCCCUCGCACCCUGCAGGCCAUCCAGGCGGCCAUGGAGAGCGGCUCAGAGGAGGAGCAGGAGCAGUUAGGGAGGAGGAGGAGGAGUAGGAGCGUCUCCCCACGCACAGCUCUGGCCAUCCAACAAGCCCUGGCUGAGGAGGGGGAGGGGGAGGAGGCAGGUCCACUCCCCACCCUACCACCAACACCCCCACCGCUGCAGCUCCCCACUCCAUCACCACCCCAGCUCCCCACCCUAACCCCGCCACCAGUACAGCUCCACACGCCAACACCACCCCCACCACCACCACCCCCCCCACCACCAAAGCUCCCCACUGCUUCUCCACCACAGCUCGACAGCAGCGCAACAGCGAAUAGCCGGCCCGGUAUGACUAUUCCAACCAAUCAGAAAGGCCGUGGGGUUGUCCUAUCAGGUGGUUGGCUGGACAGCAGUUCAGAAGAGGAGGAGGUGGAGGAGGUGAUUAGAGAGGAGUUGCCCAGGGAGGAGAACAAACUGGGAGGGAGGAGGACUGGAGAGGAGACGUCGGACCGGUCGAAGCCGGGAGAGAAGCUUCCAGAACCCAUCAAGAUAAACGAGGAGAGGGAGGGGGAGGAGCGGGAGCGAUUCAGAAGCUUCAUCCAGGUGUCUGAUGAGGAGGAGCCGAAACAGGAAGAGGAUGAUGAUGUCACAGAAACAGGGAAUAGGCCUCCGGCCUAUUCGGCCAGCCCAGGUACCCAGAAUGAUGAGGACCAGAAGGAGGAGGUAGAGCAGAAGGAGGAGGUAGAGCAGAAGGAGGAGGUAGAGCAGAAGGAGGAGACACGGAAGGAGGCGGUACCGCAGAAGGACGAGGAGGAGGAGGAGGUUACCAAGGCGUGGGAUGGUGUUGACAUGGCCGAGCUGGAGGCGCUAGAGAGCUGUCUGGAGGAGGAGCAGGCCAGCCUGAGACAGCAGAAGGACAAGCAGGAGAGGACGGCGGCCAGCGUCAGUGGACAGAUGUGCCUGGAGAGCCAGGAGCUGCUGCGUAUGUUUGGCGUGCCGUACAUGGUGGCGCCGUCGGAGGCGGAGGCCCAGUGUGCGUGUCUGGACCGCCGCGAGCUGACCCACGGGACCAUCACAGACGACUCAGACGUCUGGCUGUUUGGAGGGAGACACGUCUACAGGAACUUCUUCAGCCAGAGCAAAUACAUAGAGCACUACCAGUACACUGACCUGCACAACCAGCUGGGUCUGGACCGCAGCAAGCUGAUCAACAUGGCGUACCUUCUGGGCAGCGACUACACCGACGGCGUCCCGGGGGUGGGCUACGUCACCGGUAUGGAGAUCCUGAACGAGUUCCCUGGACCCAAUCUGGAGCCCCUCACUCAGCUCAGCACAUGGUGGUCGGCGGCCAAGCAGAGGAAGGCGUCGGACCCGCGGGACUCCAAGGUGAAGAAGAAGCUGCGCUCCCUCCAGCUGACGGCCGGCUUCCCCAAUCCGCUCAUAGCGCAGGCCUACCUGCACCCCACCGUCGACCAAUCAGAGAGCGCCUUCAGCUGGGGACGCCCUCACCUGGAGCAGAUCAAAGAAUUCUGCCAGAGUCGGUUUGGCUGGACCAAUAAGAAGACAGACGAGGCUCUACAGCCAGUCAUCAAACAGCUGAACAGCCAGCAGAGCCAGCCGCGAAUCGACUCCUUCUUCCGCCAGGAGCAGCAGGAGCAGAAGGAGGUGCGCAGCACUAGGCUCCGCAGGGCGGUCACCUGCAUGAAGAGGAAGGAGCGGGAGGAGCGGGGGGAGCGGGAGGAGCAGACGGAGGAGUCCCUCUCGCCUUCCAAAUGCAAACAGGCCAAGCCAGCGGAGGGGAGGAAGGAGGUGUCCAGGUAG